UAAAGGUUAGUAAGAUGCUGGGAGAGCAGGCACACAGCACAGGGUGGGCUUCCUUUCCGGUGGUGGGGACCACCGUAAAUAAAUAUCAGAGUGAUGACACGGAGUCCGUGAACAGUAAAAGCGCCCCCCUUGCAGAACUCGGUGUUUAUUCGUUUUAAUUUGUGGCAAUAGGUUCUUGAAGACAACCAGCAUGUGGCGGACGCGCCACUAAAGUCCGGGCUGUCACUACGAUCCUCUCGCAUGCGGUGCGCGAGUCCUGGAGGAAACACUCGUUCCCCGUUAAGAAAAGCCCACAACCCUUUGUCUCCGUUCGCGGCUCGCUCUUCGUGUGCCAUUCGCCGUGCUCGUAACGCCUUUCGUCCGGCAAAUGCGGCCAUUUCGCGUGCUUCGUUCUUGUACGCCGUUUUCGUCCCGCUACCGCCGGCAGCGCGCGCCUCUCGCGCGCCUCGCCUCACCGUGUAGCGGGCGCUCAUGACGGCCGCCGCUUCCCUGCAGCACCCAGAAGUGAACGGCAGGCGACCCGGAAGGAUGGCAGAACCUCGGUUUAAUAACCCCUAUUUCUGGCCACCACCCCCCACCAUGCCUGGGCAGCUGGAUAACUUGGUGUUGAUCAACAAGAUCAAGGAGCAGCUGAUGGCAGAGAAGAUUAGACCUCCACACCUGGCACCCUCUACGGUUCCCUCCCAGCAGCCCUUGCUGGUCCCACCCUCGUCCUCUGAGGGCGGGCAGCAUGUGAUGCCGAUCCCUAAGCUGCAGCAGGUGCCAGGGCUCCAUUCCCACAGCCCAUCUCAGCCUGACAUUGCACUGCACGCCCGACCUGCCUCCAGCUCAGCCACAGUAGGCCAUGUGCUGUCAUCCCGAACUUCAGAGGCCAUAAGUGCGACUACACCAACAUUGAGCAGCCAAAGUCGGCUGGGCGGAGCCCCGUCCCCAAAUAUCAUCUCGGGAUUGGCUAGUGCCCCUGGCAUGGAGCCAAUCAAGAGUAGCGGGGGGCUGGCAGGCUUGUUGGGACCACCUCCAAAGAUGGAACGUGGGCGCAAGAAGAUCAAGGCAGAGAACACCUCUGGGCCCCUGUUGGUGGUACCCUACCCGAUCCUCGCCUCGGGCGCAGAUGGGACUAUCACUGCCAAAGAGGGAAAAACCUACAGGUGUAAAGUGUGCCCACUGACCUUCUUCUCUAAGUCGGACAUGCAAAUCCACUCAAAGUCACACACAGAGGCCAAGCCACACAAGUGCCCCCACUGCUCCAAAUCCUUUGCCAACGCCUCCUACUUGGCCCAGCACCUGCGUAUACACCUGGGUGUGAAACCCUACCACUGCUCCUACUGCGAGAAGUCCUUCCGCCAGCUGUCCCACCUGCAGCAGCACACCAGGAUUCACACCGGUGACCGGCCCUACAAGUGCGCCCACCCGGGCUGUGAAAAAGCUUUCACACAGCUCUCCAAUCUUCAGUCUCACCAAAGGCAACACAACAAAGACAAGCCGUAUAAGUGUCCAAACUGCUACCGGGCCUACUCAGACUCGGCCUCGCUGCAGAUCCACCUGUCUGCACACGCCAUCAAGAAUGCCAAGGCAUACUGCUGCAGCAUGUGUGGUCGUGCAUACACCUCAGAAACGUACCUAAUGAAGCACAUGUCCAAACAUACAGUGGUGGAACACCUGGUGAGCCAUCACUCUCCACAGAGGACAGAAUCCCCCAGCAUCCCCAUACGCAUUUCCCUUAUCUGAUCACAUCCCCUGAGACGCCCCACCCACUCAACCACCCGUACUUGCAACCUCCCCAUUCCUCCUCCUACAUGCACAUUCUCGUUUCUUUACGUGCACAGGCUUGUGCCACUCCCUGUGUGUACUCAGUGCACUCAGCUUCGUUUGCUUACAGCACUCCUCGUCCCUGUACCACCCGCUCACACCCACAGUCCAUCUGUUCGCCCCCUACCCUGACACCACCUCUAAAGAGGCACCAAUAAGGGCAAUCCUGACCUGUUCC